AUGCCCCCGGCCCGCCCCCGGCCCAGGGCGGGGCUGCGCCGUCCCCGUCCCCGUCCCCGGGCGUCCCGCCGCAGUCUCGCCUCCGCCCGGCUCUGGCCGUACUGGCGGUGCUGCUGCUGGGCGGGCAUCGGUGCCUGGGGCUCCGGCGGCAUCGCCGCCCUUUUUUUCCGCCUGGCCCGAGCCCGGCCCCGGACCCAACGCCGGGCCCGACGCAGGGUCCACGCGGCCGCCGGCCCCGAGCCUCCCGUGUGGCGUUCCCAAGAGCGAACGCCCGGGGAUGGCCGGCCCGGGGCGGGUGAGGGGCGCUCGGGGGCCGUAGCUGGCCCCGGGCCGAGCGCUGACAGCCGCGUCCCGCCCGCAGGGAAGGCGCAGGAGGCCCUGCAGGGGCGGUACCGGCUGGGUUCGCUGCUGGGGCGCGGCGGCUUCGGCAGCGUCUUCGCGGCCACGCGGCUCUCGGACGGCGCCCCGGUGGCCAUCAAAAGGGUGCCACGGAACCGCGUCCGGCACUGGGGCGAGCUGCCCGACGGCACCAGCGCACCGCUGGAGAUCGUGCUGCUGGACAAGGUGUCCACCGGCUUCCCCGGUGUGGUGCAGCUGCUGGAGUGGCUCGAGCUCCCCAACAAAAUUGUGAUGGUGCUGGAGCGGCCAGAGCGGUGUCAGGACCUGCGGCAUUUCAUUCGGGCACGGCGGUUCCUGUCCGAGGAGGUGGCGCGGGGGCUGUUCCGCCAGGUGCUGGAGGCCGUGCGGCACUGCACCAGCUGCGGGGUCCUGCACCGCGACAUCAAACCAGAGAACAUCCUGGUUGACCUGGCCACCGGGCAGGCCAAACUGAUUGACUUUGGCUGUGGCACCUACCUGCAAGACACAGCCUACACGCACUUUGCAGGAACACCAUCAUACAGCCCCCCAGAAUGGAACCACUAUGGCUGGUACCACAGCGAGGCAGCAACGAUCUGGUCCCUGGGCAUCCUGCUGCACCAGAUGGUCUGCGGGGAGCACCCUUUCAGGAGGGGCUGGAACAUCUGCUGGGGCCAGCUCUCACUGCCACAACGGCUCUCUCAAGAGUGCAAAGAUCUGAUCAGGUGGUGUUUAUCCGUGCACUUCUUGGACAGACCCACAUUAGAAGAUCUGUUCUGUGAUCCUUGGAAGUGCCACGAGUGGGCCAAGGCUGGCGAGUGGGCCGUGUUCCUGAGGCAGUGCAGGCUGGAGCUGAUGGAUGGAGAAUUGCCCUUCUGCACUUCCCAGCCAGAGCAAGAAGCCAGGCUGGGAACAUCCCAAGUGAGGGCACUGGUGGAAGGGGACCUCCAGGACCAGCCAAACCUGAGCUUUGCCAUCAUCAGCUCUUGA